AUGACUGCGCGACCCCGCGCAACCUUCGCGCACACAAAAACUGUGCGUCUCAUUGUUGAGGAAAAUAUGGCAAUUAAUGCGUUGGAAAUUGUUCGGUCUCUCCCGGACUUUCAAGAGGAAAUCACAGGCAUCGUGCCGAAUUUUGGAGGAAAAUGCUUUGACAUUACCCUUCGCUCUACUGAAGCGGCGACACGCCUGGCUACGUCCGGCUUCGAUUACGGGGCCGAGCGAAAACCGCUCAAGCUAUUAGGAGCAAAAACGAUUCACGUCUCGGUGUUCGUCGCCGUCGAAUUCCCCGAUCAAGAGAUCGUAAAAUUUCUCAAGCAAUAUGGACAACUCAAGUCCGAAAAUCUUCGCCGUCUUUGCUACAACGAGGAGGGCUUUAGGAACAUCGAGCGCGGCAUACGCGUGGCAGAAUUCACGUCUUUGGAUAGGGACCUCCCCCGGAAAGUGGUCACUCAAGGCCUCGAAAUUUUCUUUAAGUACACUGGGCAGCCGAUCACCUGUUAUCGAUGCGGCUCGACGGAACAUGUCGUGAAAAAUUGCCCGAAAGAGCGUUCACGCUAUAGUCAUAUACGCGCGGAGGAUCGCGUUCUGGCCGACCCUCCUAACCCCACCACCCCUCAGGAGUCUCAAAUGGAAACAAACUCUGAUGAAACCUCCGAGGACACUCCGCCGGUUGAAAACUCCGCGGACCGUUCUCCGCUUACACAGAGCUACGCCUCAGUUACGGCUCCUUCGCCGGACCUUUCGCUUUCCUCGGCCUCGCGAGAUCUUUUCGACUCUCAGUCUCAACAGUCGAGAAAACGUCCCCCCUCAUCCCCCGGAAAAGCUGACAAGCCAGAGCCGAAACAGCGCGCCGUCAAUGACAAGGGAAAAGCCUCCCCUACUAUCCAGGGUUUUCUUCGCGGACUAAAGCAGAGUGGACCCGAACGCACUAAACUAAUGACCAUCAUUCAAGGUCCUCAAUAUUAUCGAGCUCGCGCUCUUUAUUUUCAAUAUAAACACGGAAAUUUCGCUGACCUUGACCUUAACCAUGCUGUUCGCCGCGGGCUGAACGAUCGAGAACAGGACGCGUGGGUACACCUACACCGUACUCUUGGCCACGAUGCGUUCGCCGAGCUGGUCGCAAUGUCCGAGGAUCUUGGCCGGAAACACCCCGGCCUGUUCAAGAACUAA